CAUUUCAGUAAUAGGAGGGAUAUUGACAUUUUUGACUAAUACAUAGCUUGAUUAUUCAGAUCAAACAAAAAAGUUGUAUUUAAUUUACUUAAGUAUUGUUGGAAUAGGAUGUGAACAAGUCAAAAUUCUAGCUGGUGCUUAUGUGUGCUUAAGCAAGAAAAUCACAAAAUUAUGUACAUACAAUACAAUACUAUAUACAAUACACACUAUUAUUCAGCGGUCCUUGACUAACUUGCUAAAAGACGGUAAAUAAUGGAAACAGUAGGAAACAUACAGUCAAAUCAACAUAUACCCAUAUUUUUAAUGUGCAAUUUGGCUCGGCUGAAUUUUAUUCAACCUGAACUUCUGGAACUUUACAAGAAACACUUACUGUAAACGACACGGAAGAAGCCCAUACAUAGUGUUUGAACACAGGUCUUCCUCUCAGGAUUAAAUAACGGUUUAAUUAUGUAGAAAUGUAUGACUCACAUGUAACCCUCAAGAAGUAGGACCUCCUUCUUCAAACUGCUUUAUAAGGGCACAAAACUUGCCCCUGUUUAGAAUUUCAUUGAAAAGAACUUGCUCGUACAAAGCCAUAUUAUUUCCUUUUUUAAAAUAUAUAUUAUUAAGCUAUUUAUUGUUAUUUAUUCCUUAUUUAUCUCCUAUCAAAGCUGCCUUAAUCUUUUUUACAAAUGUUUUUGUUUCCACACACCUCUUUCUCUUACAUGUCUUAUUUCCUCUUAAUCAUCCCACUUCCUUUCUCUCUGUCAUUUUAUCUCACUGACUCCAACCCACUUUUAUCCUUUAACAAUCAAGUCAGAGAGAGGCACCUCUACACAGAUAAUCACAGAAGAGGGAUGUAUCUGCAGAUGACUCUGGAUGGGAGAGUGUCAGGAAGUGAUGCCCAGACCCUUUACAGUGUGCUGGAGCUGAAAUCAGUUAAACCAGGCCAUAUAGUCAUCAAGGGACAGUCAUCAUCUCUGUUUCUCUGUAUGGACAGUGGAGGCCAUUUGAGGGGGCAGAGGCAGUACACAGAGGCUGACUGCACCUUCAGAGAACUGCUGCUGGCAGAUGGAUACACCCGUUUCCUUUCCUCACACCAUGGAUUUCCUGUGUCUCUGGCAUCAAAACAUUCCCCAGAUCGACACACAGUCCCCUUCACUCGAUUCCUACCACUUAGGAAUACUUUGGCAGGGGAGAGUGUGUCUGAACAACCACCAAACAAUCAGAGAUAUUUCAACAUGGACUCUGAUGAUCUUCUUGGAAUGGCUCUAAAUGUUAUGGUCAGUCCUCAGUUCUCAGCGGACAUGUAAAGAAAAUGAAUUGAAUAGAUAUAUGGCUGUGCAUGUACCUUUUAAAAAUGUAUUUUAUAUUGACCAGGUACAAUCUGCAAACUUGAUUUUGUUAUGUGAUGAGUAGCUUAGUUAUUUUGGUUCAACAUGUUUCUGUGAGGGCAAUAUUAAUGUAACUUAUGUUGUUAACUUAUUUAUUUAUUGUGUGUGUGGUGUAUUUCUAUUAGUUUAAUAGUUUAAAGACUGAAUAAGUUUGUCUACAGUUUCUGAGAUUUUAUGGUUAGUAGUUUGAGAGCACAUUUGUGUCUGAGAAAGAAAUGUUGCAACAUCAUGCUGACUUUGAUAUGUGAGGCUUUUGGAAUUUCUCUAAAUCAGAUGUGACUGGAAAGUUCAAUAAGCAUACUACUCUGGUGUGUUUAUCAGACUGGAGAGAAUGAAAAUAAAUGUGAUAUAAAUUUCACUUCUCUUUGUCUAAGUCUAUCAUGCAAUGAAAAAGCAAUUUAAUGAAACGCUUACAGGAAGGAUCAAUUUACAGAAUGAGAAGAACAUUUUCUGACCAGAAGGCAGCUUUCAUGGUGGAGGAAUGACAGCAAGAGCGCUCUCUAGUGGACAAAUGAGUAAUGAUGGAAAGAAUGCUUAGUUCCUUAAACCACUUUGUUUGUGGGCUCUGAUGAUCAUUUGAGUCUUGUAGCUUUGGGUUGGGCAAACCUAAAAUAAAGUUUUUCAGUUGUUAUACAGUAUAUAUAAAGUAUACUGUAGUAUUUAACCAGUGGCAUUUCCUUACAAUGUACAGUGCAUUCUGUGAAUCCUACAGUUCUGGACAGCUGCCAUAAAUUGCCUUGUUGUUGUUUGUUAUUACAGCCAUGUGCAGUUUAGUUAGAGAGGCAGGGCUACAACUUCUUUACUGAAACGAGGGUUUAAAGACGGAAGGUUUUGUAUAUAUUGAACAGAUUGCAAAGCCCUUUGAGGCAAAUUUGUGAUUUUCAAUUUCAGGCUAUAUAAAUAAAAUCGGCUUGACACCUUGAUCUUUGAACUGGAGUUGACUUGGGUCCAAAACUGCACUCAAGGCUGUGAGCACCAUUUCUCAAGCUGCAUAUUUCCCUAAUUCUGUUCAAAAUAAAGACCUAACCUUCA